ACACACCUUUUCACAGUCACGCACCGAGAUUUUAGUCAUACUAUCGCACAAGUAGGGAGACAGUCAUGACGGAGGCAUCGAGUGAGAAUGCGGGUGACGCUCCGGCCAACGCCAACACGGGCUGCGUUGGGCCCACAUCGGAAACGGCCGGCAAGGCUUCGGCGUGCGACGGUUGUCCCAAUCAGAGCGCGUGCUCAACGGGGGCCUUUUCCUCCCCCGAAGCUGUUGCCAAGGCGGAAGCGGAAGUGGAAGCACUCAAUCGAAGUCUUUCCAACGUGUCGCACGUGAUUUUGGUCCUUUCCGGUAAAGGUGGUGUGGGCAAGAGUACGGUAGCGGCCCAGCUGUCGCACACGCUGUCCAACCAAGGCUACGCCGUGGGGUUGCUGGAUGUGGACUUGUGCGGACCGUCGGCGCCGCGGAUGGUUCUGGGCGACGCGUGUACGUCACAAACGAUACACAAGUCGGGAUCGGGUGCGUGGACUCCCGUGUACGCCAGCGCAAACCUCGCCGUCAUGAGUAUUUCAUUCAUGUUGCAGGAUACCAAUCAGGCUGUUGUCUGGCGGGGUCCGCGCAAAAACGCGCUAAUUCAGCAAUUUCUGACGGAAGUAGACUGGACGGGAGACACGGACGGACUCGAUUAUCUCAUCAUUGAUACACCGCCCGGUACCAGUGACGAGCACAUUUCUACGGUCCAGUACUUGCAAAAGGCUUCCGCUGUAAGUGGGGCCGUUGUCGUGACCACGCCGGAGGAAGUCAGCUUGGCCGACGUCCGUAAAGAACUCAGUUUCUGUCGCAAAACGGAUGUCCCCGUUCUAGGCAUCAUUGAGAACAUGGGAUCCUAUCAGACACGACUCUCACAAAUGGAAUUUUCCAAAGACGGACAGGAUUGCACGGCGCAGAUGCUCGCCGUUUUGCGAGAAAAAUGUCCGGAAGUACUGGAUUGCGUUGCAGCUUCAAACUUGUUUUCGGUCAAUGCGGGGGGAGCCGAACAGAUGGCCACAGAUUACGGUGUUCCUUUCAUGGGACGGUUACCCCUUGAUCCUGAUUUGCUCAAGGCUUGCGAACAAGGCAAGUCCUUCGUACAAACACACCCCAAUGCGAACGCCGCCGUGGCUCUGAAACAAUUUGCUCGUCAGCUCAACAAGGUUCUUCCGGUCAAUAUGGAUGAGUAAAACAUUGGACAAAGUAGGUAGUUUCUCAGCUGUAGAGCUUGUGUAAACGACAUUAUCAUCUG